GCACAGUGUACAGUUGCCACGGGCGACUGUAAGAAGCUACAUGCUCCAUGCUACAUCCUGCGUAAAACGCGACGAAACAAUUUAAAGAGGCCUGAAGGAUACCAUGUUUAUCUACCUCAGCAAGAAGAUUGCUAUCCCCAACGGUAUUCACUUGAAAUGUGUCUCUUGGAACAAAGACCAGGGCUUCAUUGCCUGUGGAGGUGAUGACGGCCUCUUAAAAGUGCUCAAACUUGAAACUCAGACAGAUGACGCCAAACUUAAAGGACUUGCCGCACCCAGUAAUUUGUCUAUGAACCAGACAUUGGGGGGACACAGUGGUGCGGUACAAGUAGUUACAUGGAAUGAACAGUAUGAAAAACUAACAACCAGCGACCAGAAUGGACUCAUCAUCGUAUGGAUGCUCUACAAAGGUGCAUGGUACGAGGAAAUGAUCAAUAAUAGGAACAAGUCGGUGGUGAGAAGCAUGAGUUGGAAUGCUGAUGGUCAAAGGAUCUGUAUUGUGUAUGAAGAUGGGGCAGUCAUUGUUGGAUCUGUAGAUGGUAACCGGAUUUGGGGAAAGGAGCUGAAGGGAAAUCAGCUUGCACAUGUGGCAUGGUCUCCAGACAGCAAGAUCCUGCUCUUCGGCAUGGCCAACGGGGAAGUGCAAAUCUUUGAUAAUCAUGGCAAUUUCAUAAUGAAAUUGACCAUCAGUUGUCUGACUAAUGUGACAGGAGCCGUCAGGAUAGCAGGUAUCCACUGGUACUCAGGAACAGGUGGCUACGUAGAACCCGACUGCCCGUGUCUCGCUAUGUGUUUUCAAAAUGGAAGAUGUCAGAUUAUGCGCUAUGAGACUGAUGAAAACCCAGUGUGUAUUGACACCAUGAUGAAUGUGGUCAGUAUUCAGUGGAACCAUUGUGGUAGUGUGCUGGCGAUGGCCGGUUCCCUCAGAGCUUUGAACUCAGACGUAGAAAUCAAUGUGGUGCAGUUUUAUACACCAUUUGGAGAGCACCUGAGAACCUUGAAAGUCCCUGGGAAACAGAUGACAGGAGUUGCUUGGGAAGGAGGCGGCCUGCGGAUCAGCCUGGCUGUCGAUUCCUACAUCUAUUUUGCUAAUAUCAGACCAGAUUACAAGUGGGGAUUCUGUUGCAGUACAGUAGUAUAUGCCUUCACAAAGCCAGAGCGUCAAGAUUACUGUGUGAUCUUCUGGGACACUAAAAACAACGAAACAUUUGUCAAGUAUGUCCAGAGCCUCAUGUCCAUCACCACGUCAGGGGACUUCUGCACCCUGGCAAGCAAGGCUGAAGACACCCAGACUCAGGAAAACGCUGAGUCAGAGUCUGGCAGUCGUGCAAAGUUUGUCCUGAUUCUGUGCAACUCAAUUGGGACUCCUUUAGACUCUAAGUACAUCGGCAUAUGUCCAUUGUUUGUCACCAUGACCAGGACGCAUGUGAUUGCUGCAUCGAAAGAGGCUUUCUACUUAUGGCAGUACAGAGUGGCGAAUAAAUUAACUGCCUUGGAGAUCAACCAAGUAACCAGAACUAAGAAAGAGGGAAGGGAAAGGGUCUAUCACAUUGACAGCAGUCCAACUGGAGUCAAUGACAAUGGAGAGGACUUUGCAAAAGCCUUCACAGCAACAAGAGAUCCCAUCUGUUGUAUUACAGCAACAGAUAAGACACUGAUUGUGGGCCGUGAAUCGGGUGUUAUCCACAGAUAUAGCCUGCCAAAUGUCGUUCUCAUCCAGAAAUACAUAAUGAACAGAGCCCAUCAUCUCUCUUUAAACUGCAACUCCAGUCGACUGGCCAUUAUUGACAUCUCCGGCGUUCUCACGUUGCUGGACGUGGAGGUUCACGCAUCGUCAGGUGACAACACUGGCAGUCAGGUGUCAAUAGGGGAUCCGUCAAAGUUUGAACGCAAGGAUGUUUGGGACAUGAAGUGGGCGGACGACAACCCUGAUCUGUUUGCCAUGAUGGAAAAGACCAGAAUGUAUGUCUUCAGGAACCUAGACCCAGAGGAACCCAUCCAAACAUCAGGAUAUAUCUGCAACUUUGAGGACCUUGAAAUCAAAUCUGUCCUGCUAGAUGAAAUCAUGAAGGACCCAGAGAGGCCAAAUAAAGACAAUCUCAUCAACUUUGAAAUCCGUUCCUUGAGAGACAGCCGUGCACUUAUUGAAAAAGUGGGAAUCACAGAUGCUUCACAGUUCAUUGAAGAUAAUCCCCACCCAAGACUCUGGCGUUUGCUUGCUGAGGCGGCCCUCCAAAAACUGGACCUGAAGACUGCUGAGCAGGCAUUUGUCCGCUGCAAAGACAACCAGGGCAUAGAGUUUGUCAAGCGCCUGGGUAACCUGCAGAGUGAGCCCAUGAAACAGGCAGAGGUGGCAGCGUACUUUAGCAGGUUUGAGGAAGCCGAGCGCAUGUAUUUGGACAUGGACCGCAGGGACCUUGCCAUUAGCCUUCGGAUGAAGUUGGGAGACUGGUUCAGGGUUCUCCAACUGCUUAAAACUGGCUCUGGGGACUGUGAUGAUGCUCUACUGGAGCAAGCCUACAAUGCAAUAGGGGACUACUUCGCCGACAGACAGAAGUGGGUCAAUGCAGUGCAGUACUACCUUCAGGGCCGCCACCAGGAGAAGUUGGCAGAAUGCUACUACAUGUUAGAGGAUUAUGAUAACCUUGAGAAGUUGACAAAUUCACUACCAGAAAACCAUAAACUUCUGCCGGAGAUUGGCCAGAUGUUUACCACUGUGGGCAUGUGCGAACAGGCUGUGAAUGCCUACUUUAAAUGCAACCAGGCCAAGGCUGCCGUUGACACGUGUGUUCAUCUGAACCAGUGGAACAAAGCAGUGGAACUUGCCAGAAAACACAACAUGAAGGAGAUUAAACCUCUUCUGUCCAAAUAUGCUUCACAUCUCCUUGAGAAGAACAAAAUUCUAGAGGCAGUGGAAUUGUAUCAGAAGGCUCACUAUUUUCUUGAUGCAGCCAAACUCAUGUUUAAGAUAGCAGAUGAGGAGGCCAAGAAAAGGACACGACCGCUGCGGGUGAAGAAGCUGUAUGUGCUGGCUGCUCGGCUCGUAGAAAACCAUCACGAGCAGAAGAAGACGUUGCAACAGAGUAAAGCUAAAGGGAAGAAGUCAGAGGCAACAUUUGCACUUGCUGAACUCCUCGAGGAAGACACAACCUCUGCAGACAGUCGUGUUCCGGACAACCCGUGGCGAGGAGCGGAGGCGUAUCACUUCUUCCUGCUCGCUCAAAGGCAGCUGUAUGAAGGCUACACGGAGAACGCCAUGCACACAGCCCUUCAUCUUCGCGAAUACGAGGACAUCAUCCCUGCAGUGGAGAUCUACUCUCUCCUAGCCGUCUGCUCGUCGGCCAGCCGGGCCUUCGGCACGUGCUCGCAGGCCUUCAUCAAGCUGGAGGCCCUGGAGAGUCUGGACGCGGAGCAGCGGCUGCUCUAUGAGGACUUGGCCUUGGAGAUCUUCACCAAGCACGUGCCAAAAGACAGCCGCACGCUGGAGCUAGACGCGGCAUCAGAAGGGACGGCGGAAAGGUUACCCACCUGCAUAGUGAGCGGUCUGCCCAUCCAGGACUACCACUUGUGGAUGUGCAGUGUGUGCAAGCACUGCGCUCAAAGCCACGAGAUCAGCAAAUAUAACUAUUGCCCGCUUUGUCACAGUAGUGUGGGCUGAAGGUGAUUUCAGAACUUAAAAAAAAAAAGAAAA